AUGGAGUCACCAAAAGGCGGUAUUGAACUGGAGAAGGAGCUGACGUGCUCUAUAUGCACUGAACUCCUCUACCAGCCGCUGACAUUACUCGACUGCCUGCACACAUUCUGCGGCUCUUGCAUCAAAGAAUGGUUCUCCUUCGAAGCAGCCAAGAUCGAACGCGCGCCGACUCCCCCAACGCCCGACACUGUGCUAUUCACCUGCCCGUCAUGUCGCGACCCAGUGCGCGACACGCGGCACAAUGCUACGGUGGUCACGCUUCUGGACAUGAUCAUCACAGCGCACCCGGAGAAGGCCCGCUCGGAAGCUGACAGGGAAGACAUGGGCAAGAAAUAUAAGCCCGGCGAACAGGUGCUGCCCAAGAUCAAUGUCAGAGAACGGACGGUGGACGAGAGGCGCGCGCAGGAAGACGAUGAGCGUGUCCUAGCGGAAGUCAGGCAAAUGAGCCUCAGGGAGGCCGGGGCCGCUCCCGCUCUGCCGCCAAGGCGGCGAAGAACGAGAGAAAGCCGGUCGAGAUCUGUCAGUGAGGCUCGUACGGGCGGGCGACCGCAAGGGACACCCGACGGAGCGUCGAGAUCGCGAAAUGAGCAGCCUGCGAGAAGAAGUGCGGAUCAGUUGACUCCAGAAGGAGAGACUCGGCGGGGAAGGCGGAGCGACUCGAGGCAACGGCAAGUGGAACAUCAGUCGUCUCUGCGCUCACUCAUCAGCUCUGCCGACAUGAGCGAGAGGGAUAUCGAGAGAGAGAUCGAGGAGUUUGCGCGUCAGAUUCAGGAAGAGGGGCUUCUAGACGGUCUGGAUCUCGACAACAUUGAUCUCACGCGAGAUGACGAGCUUAGUCGCAGGAUCACGGAGGCUUACAGGCGGAAACAGAACUCGAGGCCCAGAGAUGACCGAUCUAGAAGAAGAGGAACAAAUGGGCAAGGUGGCUCACGCCGACCCAGCGAGCAGAGGGAUCCAAGGCCUUCGACUACCGCUACAAGCAGUCAUUCUAGCAGCCGACAGCAACGACAGGAGUUAGAUGGGCUUCAGCCAGGUCUGGGCGAUACCCGCAGCGUCAGCACCCCUAACGUGGGCGCCUGCCACCCGCCCGCUGCAGAACUGCCGGCCGAUGGUGCCCAUAACUUGCAGUCCUUUGCGGCUCGCGCGGCGAACCCAGCACUGAGUCCGGACGUAUCACCUUCGCAACGAUCAGCAACUCCGCCUGAGGUUCCUGUCCCCGACGCUGUCCGCGCGCAUCGCCCGGCUGAGCUGGCGGUGGUACACUCGGCCAUCAGUCACCCCCUUGUCAACCACGGCCAGGCCCCGGGGCAUCAAAGAACACGGUCGCAACUCUAUCCAGAGCCUUCCAUAUCAUGUUCGAGAUGUCGCAAGAAGCAUAUCGAGUACGAGCUACACUACAAUUGUCACAUCUGCUCGGGCGGCCAGUGGAACAUCUGCCUCGACUGCUACCGCACCGGUCAAGGUUGCCUGUACUGGUUUGGCUUUGGUUACGGGGCUUGGUCAAAGUGGGAGAGGGCCAGGAAGCAGACAAAAGAAGAUCUUCCCAUGCCUCACAUGCUUACAGCGAGUCGUUACACUCCGCCAGCCACUACUCCUGGUGGGGCGGAGGGCAGAAAGACUUUGACCACAGAUGACCCAAAAAAACGGCUUGAGAGUGGACCAUCCACAUCGAACAUUGGCCCUUUCAAGCCUUUGACGUUUACGACAAGGUGUGAUGUCUGCCAAGAUCCCAUAUCGCCAAUCCAGCCCAGGUAUCAUUGCUUCAGCUGCGUCAGCAAUCUCAUCGCUGAUGCUAUUGCUGGUGAUUACGACAUUUGCUUCUCUUGCUACAACAACCUGGUCGCGCAUGGUGAGAUCAGCUAUGAGAACGGGCACUCUGGUUGGAGACGAUGCCUCAAUGGACAUAGGAUGGCCAUUAUAGGCUUUACAGAGGGAAACGUCGGCCUGUGGCGUUACGUCGACAGGGACAUUGUGGGUGGUCGCGCCCUCCGCGCAGAGCCGUACGAAGGUGAAGAGCAUCGGGGUAGGGGUCUUCAGAAAUGGUCAUGGUCAGAAGGGGAGCAGAAACUGGAGAGGCUCGUGACGCAGGACGUCAAGGCUAUCGCGCCCACGGCAGACGGCGGCGUGGCCAUGAGCCAAGCGUUUCCUCCGGAUGGAGGUAAUGGGCCGCGUGGGACUGCCAAAUGGGCUUGGUAUCCCAGGCCCGAGGUCGAUGACGAACUACUGUUUCCACGAGGCGCUGAGGUCAGGGAGAUUGAGUUUAUGAAUCACGAAUGGUCACAUGGGACUCACAUGGGCGCCAAAGGCUUGUUCCCAGCCAACGCGUACCGCCUUGCGGCCACAGCCAAAGCGGCUGCUGAACCAGCCGUCCACACCCUGAACGUAUCCAAGGCGCAAGGCGUGGCCAAGGGCUUGACGGGAGCGAUUGGAAACACUCCUCUGAUACGGCUGAACCAUAUUUCCGAUGCCACAGGCUGCGAAGUCCUCGGCAAGGCCGAAUUCAUGAACCCUGGUGGCUCUGUCAAGGACCGCGCAGCUCUCUACGUCGUCAAAGACGCCGAAGAACAAGGCCUUCUCCGACCGGGCGGCACCGUCGUCGAGGGCACCGCGGGAAACACCGGCAUAGGUCUCGCGCACGUCUGUCGAUCACGAGGGUACAAGCUGGUCAUCUACAUGCCCAACACGCAAUCCCAGGGCAAGAUUGACCUGCUGCGUCUCCUGGGUGCCGAGGUCUACCCCGUGCCGGCGGUGGCCUUUGACAACCCGGACAACUACAACCACCAGGCCAAGCGGCAUGCGGAGAGGCUGGACAAUGCGGUCUGGACGAACCAGUUUGACAACACGGCCAACCGACGGGCGCACAUCGAGACGACAGGUCCUGAGAUCUGGGCCCAGACGAACGGCAAGGUCGACGCCUUCACCUGUGCGACUGGUACCGCGGGCACGCUGGCUGGCGUCACGAGGUAUCUCAAGGACAUCUCGGGCGGCAAGGUGAAGGCGUUCCUCGCCGACCCGCCUGGCUCCGUGCUGCACUCGUACGUGCAGUCUGGAGGCAAGCUGGUUGAACGUACAGGUUCCAGCAUCACGGAGGGCAUUGGUCAAGGUCGCAUCACUGAUAACCUGGCUCCCGAUCUGGAGCUGGUGGACGACUCGCUGCACAUCGCAGACGAGAAGAGCAUCGAGAUGGUGUACCGCUGCCUGGACGAGGAGGGUCUCUACCUCGGCGCCAGCUCGUCAUUGAACGUGGUGGCCGCCAAGGAGGUCGCCGAGAAGCUGGGCAAGGGACACACAGUUGUCACCAUGCUGUGCGAUGGCGCGUAUCGAUAUGCCGACAGGCUCUUCUCGCGCAAGUGGCUGACCGAUAAGAAGCUGCUGGGUGCGAUUCCCAAACACCUAGAAAAGUACAUUGUGCUGCCAUAG